AUGGAGCGAUACCCCACACCUCCAUCUACCAGCUCCCCCAAGCAUAAAAAUCACGGAUAUCACAAUGGCCAUAACACAGACGAACGAAACGCAGCUUCGCGCGAUACAUAUGGAAAAGCAGCUACGGCCGAAUCAUACAUUUCACAAAAUGAACAAGCGCAGGAUAAAAAAUCCGGCAUCUAUUCUUCCUUUACAGACGCUUCAACAAUAGUUCCAGCCUCCACCGAGGCUUGGGCAUCUGGUCAUCCAGCUCCUAGUAAACCCACCGAGGUCCACGAUUUUUACGGCAUCACUUCUCAAGAUCCUUCCUACAACAUCCCGAAUCAAUUUUCCGGUCCUCCUCCAAGCACCGAUUACUUCAAAACUGCGUCGCAGGAUCCUCGCGCGAAAAGUCAUAGCUAUAGCUAUAAUGAUAAUAGCCAAAGGACUACUCAUCGACCAGCCCAAGAAACUUACUGGCAAACAACCUCCAAUCCCGAUUCUCCCUCCCAAACCCGCCCAAUGCAAAUCCUAGAUCCGCGUCCCUAUCCCGAAGACUUCGACCCCGCUCACCCCACUCACCCUGGUCCACCUCCCCGACGCUCCAGCUCCCCCAUCCCAAACACUCUACCCUCCAUAAUCAACACAAACCCCUACUCCCAACCCCCACAACAACCUCCUCACCCGCAACCAAUUCGUCGCCGUUCCUCCCCCAUCCCAGGACGCAUCACAUCACCCUUCAAAAAACCCCUCUCACCCUUCUCACUAUCCCGUCCUAAACCCCGUCCCGGCUUCAUCAAACGCGUAACCCACCGCAUAAAAUCCUGGAUCCAAUCUCUCUUCUCUUGGACCCGUGCUAAUCCCAUAAAAGCGGGUCUUCUAUCAUUUAUACCCGUUUUACUCGGAGCAGGAAUCGUCAAAACCGUGAAAGGAGUAAAAUAUUUCCUAGGUCGUGGAGCGGAUAAGGUGAAGGAAAAGAAAAAUAAACUGGGGAAAGGAAUACAGGAUGCGAGGAAGGCGCAGAGGAAAUGGGUUGAGGAUGUUCUUGGAGAUUUUAGGGGAUUUGCUGGAGCUAAGGGAGGUCCCGUUUAA